AUGACGAAGCAGGUGGCGGCGAAGCGGCGACGGUUGAGCGCGGCCAACAACAGUCGGAGGCCAGGGCGUGAGCGCCAGCGGCCGGCCAAAGGAGCACAGCAGACGGCAACUCCUCAAAAAGAAUUCAUCGCUGAUUUCAUUCCGCUUCGCCGGCUCCUGCUGGCACCGCCCUCUCCGCCAUCUGUCGUGCGGCCCAAAAAGCCGCCGCCAUCCUUCAAGUACGUGCAGCGCCUGCGCGAGAUGCGGGUCGGCGGCGGCGACAAAAAUGGCGACUCCAGAUGUGCCGCUGCCUACCUGCAGCCGCCUGUGAUUGUUGAGGCGGGCGGCGAGCACCGCUACUCUAUCAUCCUCCUUCACGGGCUCGGCAACCGUGGCUCCGAUUUUCUGCCGAUCCUCCACUCCUUCUCGCGGCUCGGGGUCGACGUCUCCAACGUCCGCUUUGUCUUUCCGAAUGCACCGCGCCGGACAAUGCAGUGGCCAGUCUGGGGACCCUCCCGUGGCGUCCAGGCGUGGUACACUUACUUCAGCGAUGAGUCCGGCAAGAGCUCGGCCGACGCCGACGAGAUUGCGACCUCCGAGCUCAACGCGAGUGCUGCCGCGCUGCUCGCCCUCGCAGAGGCUGAGGCGAGGUUAGCCGAGAUUCGGCGGGAUUCGCCUCCCAGUUGGAUUGCCGCCGCUCUCGGCGGCGACUUUGGCAGAGUCUUUGUGGGCGGGUACUCCCAAGGGGGCACCGUUGCGGCGCACGCGGCUGUUAGCGACGGCGCGCCGCGGCUGGCCGGGGCGCUGCUUACUCGCUCGGAGCCGGAGGGACGCACGCCGUUCUUCGCCUUUCGUAGCGGGCGCGACAACACGUACCCCAUCGGCGUGCAGCGCCACUCCCCUUCGCUGAGGUGGUCGCUCGCCGUGUCCGAGUCCUCUGUCAACCACGCCACGUGGUCGUGGGGCGAGUACGAUUAUGUCGCCGCGAGCGCCGCCUUCGCGCUAGGCUUGCGCGCCGACCCUCCCCCCACGGGAAUCGGGCCAGGGCGCAGCUGCUGGACUGCACCCUGCCUCGACCUGCACGGCGUCCUCGUCUCGCUCUGGUACCGCUUCCCCUACCAGUGCGUGGGGCUGUCCCCUUGCUGCCGCGGCGGCGACCAGGCGCCAGCGGCGUCGCGGUGA